AUGCUGACGUGGCAGCAUUGCCUGUUCUGGCGCAGGAGGUCCGCCCAGACGACCACCGCGGGGGGCGACGAGAAAGAGGCGGUGAAGGGUUACUUCAACACUGUCGGCUUUGAGCGCUGGAACAAGAUCUACGGCACCACCGAUGAGAUCAGCUCGGUGCAAAUGGACAUCAGGGAGGGGCACGCAGUGACUGUGGACAAGGUCCUAGGGUGGUUAUCGGAGGGGAGCGGGGUCAAGGGGAUCACGCUAUGCGACGCCGGCUGCGGCACCGGUUCCCUAUCAAUUCCCCUGGCCCUCCAGGGAGCAAAGGUCUAUGGAUCAGACAUCUCAGAGGCCAUGGCAAAUGAGGCUGCCAGGAGGUAUGAGGUGGAGGCGAAGUCAAACACAGCGGCAGAGGCGCCAAAAUUUGAGGCAAAGGACUUGGAGUCCAUCAGCGGCACUUACCACACCGUCUGCUGCAUCGAUGUUUUGAUACACUACCCCCCGGAGCGCAUGGCAGAGAUGGUGGGCCAUCUGGCGAGCCUGGCAGACAAGCGGCUGAUUCUUUCAUUCGCACCCUCGACCCCCUACUACGAAAUCCUCAAGCGCAUCGGCGAGUUCUUCCCCAAAGGCUCCAAGGCUACGAGGGCGUACCUGCACAAGGAGGAUGAUGUGGAAGCCGCCCUGAAGCAGGCCGGGUACAAGGUGACUAAGCGCGAGCUGACUGCCAGCAAGUUCUACUUCUCACAACUUUUUGAAGCUGUGCCCGCGUCCUGA